AUGUCUACUACGCCUUCGAAUUCAGGUUUCUCUACUAGCGAAGAGAUCCACUUACUUUCAAACAUAACAACCAGGCCCCAUACCUUCAAGCGUCCGUACAAGACCACCACGCGACGCUACAAGCCUACAAAGCAAGUGAUCAGUGAUGAAGUAAAGUACUUGCAAUCAAAGGAAAAUAUCAAGUUUGAUACCCCAACGUAUACCUCUGUUGGUGCUCCUCCCAGCUUAAAGCCUAGAAAGCAUUACUGUGACAUCACUGGGUUACCAGGUAAGUACAAGAAUCCGGCCAACGGGCUUCGGUUCUAUAACGUGGAAAUUUACCAGGAAGUUAUCCGUAACAUGCCACCAGGUGUUGACCAAGAGUAUUUAGGGUUGAGAGGUGCUAACGUUAUAUUGAAGUAG